UGUGGGAUAUUUGUAAGGAAGAACAUGGCAAGUGGUAGCAGUUAUUUGAGGUUGGCAAUGUUGGUUGUUGUUGGAUGUUUAGUAUAUAAUACAAAAGAGGUUUCAGGUCAAUGUGGAGGAAGUUUGGCAGAUCUUAUAUCAGAGUGUGCAGAGUUUGUGCAAAAGUCAGGACCAGUUGUUCGCCCUUCACCGGGGUGCUGUGCAGUGCUGAAAAGGUUUGAUGUUCCAUGCGCAUGCAAACUUAUUACUAGAGAAGUUACAAACCUUGUCAGUAUUCCCAAGGUUAUAUUUGUUGCACGCUCUUGUGGAUUGAACCUCCCUCCUGGAAUGCAAUGUGGAGUUAUUAAAGUGCCCCCGAAAGCCAUGAAGUGAGCAUUUUCUUCCGGCAGCCUCAUAACUGAAUAAGUGACUUCUGAUACGAAGCAUAAAGCAUGCACCCUCCAUCAUCUGCAAAAAUAAAAUAAUAAGUGAAUAACUAUCCAUAUCAAAUUGUAAUAUGCUCAGAGAUGGAAGGAACAACCUUCUUUAGUCCUAUUCCUGCAUUUUAAUUUCCUAAUACAUGUACCAAUUUAUGUAUCACACAUAUUUUACAACUUGUUACUACGAAUUAAUGCUUACAUGAUAUAAUAUCAAUCACGGGCUUCAUCCAA